CUGCUAUUGUAUCUAGGAGGUUGAAAGUCUACUAAAGGUAGGACUCCUGUGAAGCAGCAUUCACUAGUCAGAAUCAAGCUGCAGGAGGACUCUUUAGAGAUGCAGCUAACUUCGAUCCAGUCACGUUCCCCAAGGACACUCCUGGUGUUGCUGGUGUCAAACCUGGUGCUGUGGGAGAAUGUGGCCUCUGUACCUUUGUGCCCCAGCUGGGAUGGUUCCUGCCAUGGGACCCUCAAGAACAUGUUUGAGUAUGCCCUGAGCCUGUCUUAUGAACUCCAAAACCACACUGCAGAACUGUUAAGUGACUUUUUGCUGGAUGUCCAGUACGCAUCAGGCAGGUGGUACCUUGAUGGGGCCCAAAGCAGUUGCCACACUUCCACCUUUGGUAUCAUGAUACCUGAAGAGGAAACUGAACAGAUCAAAGCUACUUUUCUUCUGCAAGAGAUACUCACUUUGUUGGGAGCUUGGAAAGACCCUCUGAGUCAUGUCGUGUCUGAGCUGAGUGGUAUGGAAGAAGCCCCUACUGAAAUCAUAGAAAGAGCCAACAUUGUAGAAAUAAUAGUGAAGGGACUUCAAGAAGGCGUUAGAAGAAUACUUCGCAAGCUUUAUCCCAGAUUCAAAGAAGUUGAGGAGUACCCCAUCUGGAAAGGACUGUCAUCCUUGCAGUCACCUGAUGAAGACCUUCGUGUUUUUGCAUUCCAUAGCUUGUUUCAGUGCCUGAAAAGGGAUUCACGGAAGAUUGACUCCAAUCUAAAAGUCCUGAAGUGCCGCUUUGUCUAUGACCCUGAUUGUUAAUCUCAUGCCCUUUUAAUUUUGACAUGAUUGUAAAAAUUCUUUUCUUUCAGAAAUUUAUGCUUUUAUAUCCUUUGAAUAUGAGACUUCUUAUUUUUAAUAAAUGUUCACUCUUUAAA